AUGCCAUCAAAUUUAGUACGCUUUCAUCCAGCUUCUAUAAGGAGGUUAAGUGGUUGCCAGCAAGUCAACGACAACUUUCACCAAACCUCUCUUCCCAUGUGGCCCCCGGUACAAGAGCCCGGGCGCUCAAAGGCCCUGUCAGUUAUCAAGACCGACAUCCUGAGCACUUAUAUCGACGACAAGAAGGCAGUCGACGAGGCCUGCAAACGGGUCGGGUUCUGGUACUGGUGCAACGGGCGCAAAAAAGGGCGACCAAAAGAGGUCUACUGCCUCUGUGUGAAGAACCCCGAGCUGAUUGACCGGUUGAAGGAAGACGAGUAUGUGAAGCUGGAUGAAACAAAGGAGGUUAAGAAGGGGGUUAAGAAACGGGUCAACUUCAACGAGCGCGGGAUGUGCAGCAUCAACGGGGAGGAGUGGGUGUUGUAUUACGUGGGCAAGUUUGUGCUUGGGUUGAGCAAACCUGUGCCGGAAGUCGAAGGAGAAGCGGGGGUAAAGAAGCGGGUUAAGAAGGAGACGGCGGCAAAGAAGAAGGAUGAGAUUCGGGCGGGCCAGUGGAAAGCUAGGCAACUGGAAGGACCUGGGCAAGGGGAACGUUCCGCUGGGCUGCAUAGGGCACGGAAGCGGAACGACCGGAACGAGGGGGAGCGGUGGAAAAGAAAAGCUGUGGACGACGAAGAAGACGAAGGGGCCGGGCCCGGCUUGUCAAAGCGGACCCGGAACAUGCAGAGUGCUGAGCGGAACCGGAAGGAGCGGAAGCGGAAAGAGCGAGCCGCCGGAUGGAAGCGAAAAAAGGUGGAGUCGAGCGAAGAUGGAGGGGCGGGUCCUGGGCACGGCGCGUCGGCCGUAGCUUCGGUUUCGGUCCGAAAGAAGCAUGGAACGGAACAGAACGGAAGUGAGCGGAAUAAAGGAUCGAAGGGCAAGCGGACGGAAUUGGAUGCAGGGUGCGUGCGCGGCCGCGGUGCGCGAGCCCGCAGGCAGCGAAACGAUGGGUCACAAGAGUGGAAGGCAAAAAGUGUGGAGAGCAGCAGCGAAGAGGAAGACGUUCCGAUCAAUGAGAGGCAGCGGAAGCGGAACCGGAAAGAUCAGGCGGUGAAGCACGUCAGCAGUGAAACAGAGAGCGAUGAUGAGGCGGGGAGAUGUGUCGGGAAGAAACGAUGCGAGCGGAGGAGCGGAAAAGGCGUCGCGAGGAUCGUUUCGAAGGCUGCAGACAGGGGUCGAAUGACGAAGCGACACGUGGCGAGCAGCGGAGUUGGCGGGCUCACUUCGAGAGCGAAAGGGAAGCCGCCUGUGAGGAGACGAGUUCCGCUGAGAGCGGUGCCGCCGCGUAUAGGGAAAGCAACGCGGAAGGGGGAUCCUGCCGGAGGCGCGGGGAGAAUUCCGGCCGCUAAAGGAGCAGGAAAGAGUUUUGAGUCAGAAAAGCAAGACGAAGAUUCAAGCUCCAGUGACAAGGUCUUGGCGGCUUUUGGAAAGCGCGGCUGUGGAAGCCGAAAGCCACUGAAAAAGCCUGGCGAUUUACAGAGAAACCGGUUCGGCAGGCUUGAAGAAGCAGGGCUCGAUCCUCCUUCCAAGAGUUCCCUUGUCGGCCCGGGACAGAAGAAAAUGGAUAAGACCCGGGGGUUAGAGCUACCGAACGAUAUUCUUCGCCAUGACAAGGUUUUUCUGCAACCGGGGUUGGCGACCGGUUCUCGAAUGGCGGAGAUUGACGCUUCGAAAACUGGUGCGAAAGGAGCUACGGCAAACUACAAUACGCAGACUGCUCGUGCUCAAACGGCGGAGAUCGACGGAAAGAAAGGAGCGGCGGGCGCUGUAACCGGGGAAAAGCUUUUCAGGGCCGAAUGCGAGUACGAGAGCUCAGGCGGACGCCCGGUAGAGUCCCCCGACUGGGUGAAGAUCUUUAUGGCCGAGGAGCCGGGCGACCAAGGAGAGGGAAACGAGGGCGGUGAGUCGCCCCGGUCGGCGCAAAGUGCGCCCGGUUCUAGAGAGGGACAGGCGAGCGAGAAAAGACAACUGACCAGCCCAGAAGGUGUGAGGCCGAAAGUGGUGUCGCCGGAAAAGGCAAUGGGCGGUUUAGAAGUUCCGGGGCAGAAAGGGGGCGAUUCGGCUUUUCCGGUCAACAAGGAGCCGCAUUCCGUGGGCGGUAUCAAUCCCCCGAGCAAAAGCUGCGACAAGCGUGCGACCGGUUUCGAAUGUGGAGCACGGGACACGAGACUACUGGGCGGGCUUCAUCACCAGCUUGAGAGAGAGGCGACGGAUCCACGCUUCGCGAAGGAAGGGGAAACGCUCUCUGUGGCCAGUCCCAGAUCAACCGGAGAACUUUCGGUAGGCAGAGCGGAUCCGGCGAAAAGAGAAGCCGUGGAACUGCUGGGCGGAGCGCCGAAGCAGGUCGGCGGAGCUUUCGCCUCGAAGCAACCGGAUGCCCGUCCGCUGGACGCGGCCGAGGGUGCGGCGGAUUCCGGCGGAGCGGGCGACGCUGCGGGAAUCGAAGCGGCAGAUCUUCUUUGA